AUGCGGAAAUGGGUACAGGAUUUGUCAAUCAAGUUAAGCAUUGGCAUCACUACAGGAACAGCUUACUCGGGGUUUGUUGGGAGUAGUACAAGACGAGAGAUGUGUGCGAUGGGGAGUGUGUGCAACAUGGCUGCUCGUCUCAUGUGCAAAGCGGGAGAAAACGUAAUUCUCGUUGAUAAGGAGACACAUGAUGCAUCGAGCCUUAUGAUUGAGUUUGAACAAAUGCCUGCGGUAAAAGUG